GGAAAACAGAACAACAAAACUUUCCCGCGUUCAGUUCAGCAGCGAACGCAGAACGUGCCAGACCCCAAAAGUUCAGUCAAGAUUCGAGAGCGGAAAUCCUGGGCGAACGCUUACGGAAAUUUAUUUCGCUGUAAAUUUGAAUCCGGCAACGAAAACACACGUCCAGAAAGAUGGGUUGUGCCACCACCACCGUAAAGAUCACCGCCAUCGCUCUAAACGCCAUUUUAGGGUUUCUGGCUAUUGGAGCCAUAGGAUGGAUUGCUUAUAAUGCCGAUACGGAGACCAAGGCAUUUGUGAUAACUGCCUACAUUACAUGCGCCAUUAUCCUGAUCUUUGCCAUUCUGGGAAUCUAUGCAGCCGUCCGGGAAUCCGUGGCUUUAGCCUCAGCGAGUGCCGUGUUCCUGCUUAUCCUGGCCAUUCCCCAGAUUGUGAGCACCUGCCUGGUCCUGCAUCAGUAUGAUGUGAAGAGCGGACAAGAGGCAGUGGAGUUGGCGUGGCAGGCCAACAACAUGGACGCACUGCAGCAGAAGCACGAGUGCUGCGGGAAGAGCAGCGCCCAAGACUACGUGCAUCUUAGCCAGCUGAUCCCGCCCAGCUGCUACCUCGAUCUCCAGCAGACUCCAGAUCAUCUAUUCUUGGACGGAUGUAUUGAGAAGCUGCAGAGCUUCUACGAGAGUGACAAGAUGCGCUUCAUUAUCGUUUCCUGGGUCUUGGUGGCCUUUGAGUUAAUUUGCUGUGCUCUGGCCGUCUUUUUGGCCAUUAGUUUUAAGAACAAGCAGCGGCGUAUGGAGUUCUAGGAUAACUGCCACCUCGACCUGAUCCCAAGGUACAAAGGGAGCUCGCUAGUUUUUCUCGCUUCGACAUUUCAUAACCAAACGAAUAGACAGUCAUAACUUAUUCACUUCUGUCUUAAACAUACCUGUAACUAGAGUAAAUAAAUAUAUUGUAGUUUCAAUUACCCACUAUAAUUAUCGAAAUAAAUGUGCGCGAUGUUUGUUUUUACAUCUUUCGCCGCUUGUUUGUUUGUUCGCCA